AUGGAGAGUGCCAGCCAGAUUUUGGAAGACCAGAAGGGCCAAGUGCAAGAAGAAGAAGGUAGGAGCUUGGAGAUAGAAAAAGAGAAGAGAUUAAUGCUUGCAGCUGCUCAUUAUUUCAAAUCUUUUUCGAAAGAGCUAGAAGUCAAAGAAUAUGAAUCUGGAUACAGAAUAGAUAGUAAAGACAUUGAUCUAAAUUUAUUUGAACAUGAUCAAAAUGUAUUUAGUUAUAUUAAAAAAUUGAGUUUUAUUGAAGAAUUUAAUACAAACAGAUUGUACUUAUCUAAUGUGAAAUGUAGCAAUAAGUAUUUCAUUAAAUUUUUAAAGCUCUCAUUUCCUCAAGAAGUGGAUCUUCUUGCAAUUUACUCAGAACGUGAAUGUAUCAUAAAUGUGUCUCUUUAUUUGAAUGCAAUCACAAGGAUUAGUCCCAGAGUCUUGAAGGAAAUUGAUUUUUAUGGAUUCAGAAUUAACUCUCUCCAAUUGAAAAGACUCAUGAAUGCCUUUAAGCAUGUCUACGAAUUAGGGUAUCGUUGAUGCCAAAUUUCAAUUCCUGCUGUACCUAACUUUCUGGAAGCUUUGAGAGGCACAAAUAUUGAUAUUCUUAUUUUAUCAGGAUCAGAGAUUUAUGAAAAUGGAGACAAGGAGGAUAGUCCACAAACAUUCACAAAUCUAAUUGAAGGUCUGGCAACUUCUCCUGAUUUCAGACAGAGUCUAAAGCAAGUUGAGGCUUACCACUGUGAAGUUGAGCAAGUUAAGGUAUUACAACUUCUUCUUGAAAAUGGAUUUAAUGAAUCAGUAAAAUUAUUUAUGUAA